CAGGGGCAGUAAGGGCGGAAGGGUCUUUGCUUAUUGCGCAUGCGCAGUGCGCAAAGUGAAGCCAGGGAAAGGGCGGGGCGAGUCAUGGUGGGGCCAGGCCCGGGGAGGAGGAUGAGGAGGAAAACGAGAAGGAGGAGGAAGCAACACGGCGGGACGGGAUCAGCUGGGACGAGGCGGCUCUCGGGACACCGGAGCCAGCGCCACCGCCCGGGCGUCCCGUGGCCCGGAGCCGAGGGAUCCCGUCCCGGUGUCCCGGUGCCCGCCGGGAGCUGCGGGGAUGCCCCAGCGGCGGGCAGUGCCCACGCUGACCUCGCUGUGCCUGCAGAGCCUGGCCCAGCACAUGCAGAGCCUCUGGGCCAAGGACUACACUGACAAUUACCUGGACGAGUACGACUUCCGCUUCCUCGUGGGGCCCUUCAACGACCUGGCCUGCGGGCUGGUGCAGGAGCUGCUGCGGCUGCUGGGGACGAGCCGGCGGCUGUCGCGGGCGGCGCUGCACCUGCUGCUGCUGCCACACCUGCGCCAGCUCAGCCUGAGGGCCUGCCCCGCCCUGGCCAACAACGCCCUGGGGCACCUCAUCGUGCUGCGCUGCCAGGGCCUGAGUGUGCUGGAGCUGGGCGGCUGCGGGCGGCUCUCUCCGUCCGUGCUGGUGGACCUGGCCGAGGGGCUGCCCCGCCUGAACCGCCUGGGGCUGGCCCACACCCAGGCCAACAUCCAGGUGCUCUCGGCCGUGGGCUCCUGCUGUCGCCACCUGCGGGAGCUCGACGUGUCCGGCUGCAAGAAGGUGACGCCGCGCGCCCUGCGCCACCUGGGCUACGACCCCGCCGAGCGGAGCCCGGGCUGCCCCGCGCUGCGCGUCCUGCUGGCCCGCGACCUGGAGCACGACGGGGACACGGUGGCUGCCGUGGCCUUCCUGCUGCUGGCCCUGCCGUGCCUGGAGGUGCUGGCACACAGUGCCCUGCCGGAGGCGCUCCGGCUGCUGCACUCGGGGCAGCUGGAUGGCACCGAGGACUCCGAGGGUUUCCCCUCGCUGGAGGAGCUGGCGCGGGGCCGGGGGAAUGCAGCGGAGGGAGCCCGGCUCACGCUGCCCCUGCGGCAGCUGGAGGAGGUGGAGGAGGACGCUCUAGGCACUGUCCAUGCCGUGUGUCCCCAGGCCGAGGAGGUCAGUGUGUGGCUUGGGGACAGUCCUGGCCCCUCAGGACUCCAGGAGCUGCCAGGCUGGAAUUGCCUGACCCGGGUGACGCUGGGCUGCUCUGGGCGGCACGGCCGGGCGCUGGCAGAGGUGCUGCCCCUGGCACAGGGCCUGGGCACCCGCCUGCAGGCCCUGACCCUGCACGGCUUCAGCUGCCGAGACCCUCUCUCGCUGCCCGCCCUCCUCGCCAGCUGCCCCAGCCUGCAGAGCUUCAGCGCCGAGCUGGAAGUGCCACCAGACCCCCACGCCCACCACGAGCCCCCCGAGGAGGAGCCCCCCGCCCCGCCACCACGCUGGGCCACCGACCUGCUGCCCCGGGGGCUGCCCCGGCUCCAGAGCUUCUCGCUGAGCCUGGCGGGGCCCGUUCCGGCCGCGCACCGGCCGGUGCUGAGCUCCACGCUGGCCUCGCUGCUGUGCGAGGCCCCGCGGCUGCAGACGCUGCGCCUGCUGGCCCUGCCCUUCCCGCUGGACUCGGUGCUGGAGCCGGCGCUGGCGGGGCCGGGGCUGCGGGAGCUGCGGGAGCUGUCGCUGGCCGAGAGCCGCGUGUCCCCCGGCACCGUGUGGCAGCUGCUGAGCUCCGAGGGGCCCCUGCGGCGCCUGGAGCUGUCCCGCUGCCCCGACAUCCACCGGCGCGACUACGACAGCUUCCUGCAGGCCGUCAGGAAGCAGCGGCUGGACCUGGACAUCACCUGGGAGUAGCGCCGGGGUUUUUAAUAAAAGUGUCACAGUCACCCGUG